CUUAGGUAUCGUCAUUCACAAUACAUUCUGGGACUCUCUUGCCCGUAACAACAAUUCCAAGUCCGGCCAGCAAGUGUGUGUACCCGUACCAUAUGGUCGGUUGGUUACCAAGCCCGCCGGCCAACUCGCAUAGACGCAGCUUGUUAUCCACCGGAGACAUUCACCACAUACAAUGCCCCUUCAGUACAAACAGCCAGCCAUCUCCUACCAACCCCGACCGCCCCGUGCCCUCUCCUCGGUCUCUGACAUCUCGGUCCCGAGCUCACUUUCUGCGCCCGACACGGCGACCGUCCAUCCAGACUGGCACGACACCGCCCUCGACACCCUUCUCGUUGCUUCCGACGGCGUCUUCUUCUAUGUCUCACGCACCCUUCUCCAUGGAUCGAGCGAGGUUCUGCGAGACAUAUUCGAUUCGAUCCCUGCCCCGUCCCCAGAGUCACCCUAUCGCCCCCUCUCCAAUGUCAAGAUCAAACCCAAACCACCCCCUCAGCAACGCAUAGACUUGACCGAUUGUUAUGAAUCGUCGGUGCCCCUCGCAUUCUUCCUCGCCAUCCUCACUGGCACCUCCCUCUCCAAAAUCCGUCGCAAAUUCCCACGCAACCAAGUCCAGACGUUCGACCUCGCCCUCACCCUGGCGGACAAGUGGAAGUCUCCCCUCGUGAAAGGAGUCAUGCAAGGCUGGCUCUGUGAGCUCGCCAUGGGGGGUUAUGACGAUGAACAGUUCAAGCCGUAUGAGGUGCUUGUCUUGGCUGCGAAAGCGGGCAUGCCGACUCCAGCGCGUAUGGUGCUCGAAGAACUCUCCGAAUCGUUGCCCCAUACCCUGCUUACGCCAUUCAAACCCAUCACUGAUCAAUACUGGCACUACACUUUCACCCCCGAGAAUACUUGGGACUAUAACCAGUGGUCGCGCGGGGUGUGGGAAGAGAUUGGGGUCAAGUAUCUUUUUGCGAUGAAGGAGGCUUUGAAAUGCGAGGGGAGGAAGAAGAGGGGAGAGGUGUUUAUGAAGGCGUUGGAGGACGACUUUUACGAUCCCAUGGCGCCCGAGACGCCCAAGGCAACACCUCUUCGUCUCCGCUUUACACCCUCUACCGUUACCACUCCUGUUCGCGUUGCCCCUGUUUCCAGCUUCAUCAAGAGCCCCAAGAGCUCCAAGCGAAAGGAGGCAGACAAGUGGAUCAUGGAGUUUAUAGAGCAGUCGUCGUCCGCGGCCUCUGUGCCAUCAUCUGUGGCGUCAUCUGUGACAUCGUCCGAGGUAUCAGAGAAGAGCCACUCGAGUAGAAGUGAGAAGAGUGCGGCGUCUUCUUCGGAUUCGUCUCAAGUCCAGCUUCGUGGUACGUUGGUUAUCACUAGAAAGUAAUAUAUUGAUCUUUGUAGUCGUGUAGCACAAGCGGCAUUUUCGUGUAUAGCAUUCAUAGUAUCAUUCUUCGCCUGUAGCAUAUGAUCAACCUUUCAUACCCUGUGAUCACGGUCAAUGGUUUCGGCCACUGGCCUCUGGAAAGACGAGCGAUGGG